UUGCCACAUUCAUCACUUCAUAUCAAAUUUGCUCUAAGAAAAUCGAUCGCCUCAAUCGAGUCAAGAUGGUGAAGUUCUCUAAGCAAUUUGAGGGUCAGCUGGUCCCUGAAUGGAAAGAGGCUUUUGUAGAUUAUUGGCAACUCAAGAAAGACCUUAAGCGAAUUCAUCUCCUCAACCCUGAAAACACAAGUGUUAAUAAGCAGCCAAAACAAGAAAGUUGUUUCUCCUUCUCUUCUUUAAGAAAGUUUUCUUUGCUUGGACAUCAGCAAAGAGAACACAAGGUCAUUCAAGUUCACCGAAAACUUGCGUCCUCAGCAAGCAAGGGAGAUAUGUACGAGACUGAAUUGCUCGAGCAAUUUGCUGAUACCGAUGCAGCGAAAGAGUUCUUCAUACUUCUGGACCUUCAACUUAACAAAGUGAACCAAUUUUACAAGGCGAAAGAGGUAGAGUUUCUUGAGAGAGGCGACUCACUGAAGAAACAAAUGCAGAUUCUUGUAGAGCUCAAAACCUUACUCCAGGAUGAACGUGCUAAAGGGUCCUCUGCUCAAGAUUCAAAAGAGGACGUUUCAAUCUCAGGCACCAUUUCUUGCGAUGAAGAAUCUACCACAGACAAGGCAGAGCAAGAGAAGGGGCAGGACAAUCCAACAGAUGAGUCUGAUAAAAGCGAUGUCCAAUACGAAGACUGUUCAAAACCAGAUGAAUUGUCCAAAUCUAUAAGUUCGAAGAGAGUAGAUGGCAAAUUCAGGAGUCUUUCGACUCGUGUUAUCAACUGCCAGGGGAAAAAUCUAAGAAUUCACAUUCCACUGACAAAUCCAACACGUACAUUCUCAGCAAUAACAUAUCUACUUUGGGAUGAUUUGGUCAAUCAAUCAUCCAAGAAAUAUGGUGUAGAAGGAAGUAGACUGCACAUAAACAAAACAAAGCUACAUCAUGCUGAGAAAAUGAUCAGAGGAGCUUUCAUUGAGCUCUACAGAGGAUUGGGGUACCUCCAAACUUACAGGAACUUAAACUUGCUUGCUUUUGUGAAAAUUUUGAAAAAAUUUGACAAAGUGACUAACCAACAAGUUCUUCCCAUUUAUUUAAGAGUGGUCGAGAGUUCGUACUUCAACAGCUCAGACAAGGUUUUGAAGUUAGCAGAUGAAGUCGAAGAAAUAUUUGUUAAACACUUUGCUGAAGAUGACAGAAGAAAGGCCAUGAAAUACCUCAAACCUACACAGCGUAAAGAAUCACAUUCUGUGACGUUCUUCAUUGGAUUGUUCAGUGGGUGUUUCCUUGCGCUAUUGAUUGGAUAUGUCAUCAUGGCUCAUGUCACGGGAACGUACAGACCCAAAUCAAAGACAAACAUUUACAUGGAAACCGUCUAUCCGGUGCUUAGCAUGUUCAGCCUCCUGUUUCUGCACUUCUUCCUGUAUGGAUGUAACAUUUUCAUGUGGAGAAAGACCCGUAUUAAUUACAGCUUCAUCUUUGAGCUGUCGCCAACAAGAGAACUCAAAUAUAGAGAUGUGUUUUUGAUCUGUACCACGUCAAUGACUGUUGUAGUAGGGGUCUUGUUUGUACAUCUGUUGCUCAUAGCAAAGGGUUAUAAUGCUCAAAUUCAAGCAAUCCCAGGCCUUCUACUAUUGGUUUUUCUAUUAGUGCUGGUGUGUCCUCUCAACAUUAUCUACAAAUCAAGCCGCUACCGCUUCCUUUGUGUAAUAAGAAACAUCAUUUUGUCCCCUCUGUACAAGGUGGUCAUGCUGGAUUUUUUCAUGGCUGAUCAACUUUGUAGCCAGGUACCGAUGCUCAGAAAUCUUGAGUAUGUAGCUUGCUACUACAUAUCAGGAAGCUACAAAACUCAGGACUAUGGACUUUGCAUGAGGAACAAAAACUAUAGAGACUUAGCCUAUGCAGUUUCAUUCCUUCCUUAUUACUGGAGAGCUAUGCAGUGUGCUCGAAGAUGGUUUGAUGAAGGACACACAAGCCAUCUUGUCAAUCUUGGAAAAUAUGUCUCAGCAAUGUUGGCUGCAGGAGCCAAAGUAGCCUAUGAGAAAGAAAGGAGCAGUGGCUGGCUUUGCCUGCUUGUAGUCAUAUCUAGUGCUGCAACGGUGUAUCAGUUGUAUUGGGACUUUGUGAAGGACUGGGGUUUGCUUCAGCCGCAUUCCAAGAAUCCAUGGCUAAGAGAUGAACUAAUGCUGCGGAGAAAGUUCAUUUACUACUUCUCCAUGGGAUUGAAUCUUGUUCUCCGAUUAGCUUGGUUGCAAACAGUUUUCCACUACAAUUUUGGAAAUGUAGACUACAGAGUGACGGGGCUACUUUUGGCUGCCCUGGAAGUUGUUAGAAGAGGUCAUUGGAAUUUUUAUAGGUUGGAGAAUGAGCAUCUAAAUAAUGCAGGCAAAUUUAGAGCUGUCAAAACAAUACCACUUCCAUUUCAUGAAGUAGAUGAUCAAGACUGAUAGCCCCAUUGGAUGGACUACUUGGAAGCCAGAAUCAAAGAAUUUAAUCCAACCUGGCCAAAUUGCUGGGAGGGGAAUUUAUUACUUCCAGUUGAUAAGUUGAUGUUUCAACAUGUCAACUACUCUUUUUUCUUUUUUUUUUUUCUCUUCGCUUUUUGGCCGGGAAAUUUAUACCUGUACACAAAAUUUUCCCCAUCUCAAUAAAAUCAAUAACACCUAGAGUUUAGUUUUCUCUUAUGGAAACCUCCAUUGUAUAUUGCACUUGAAUUGCACGUGUGUCCGGAGCUAUUUGAUUGUAAUGUAGCUAAUGCUUUAAGCUACCAG